AAUAGAGCAGGAGGCAUCACACAACAGGCAGAAGUCUUGGGAGAAGAGAAGGCGGCAGAGCAUUUCUGGAAGGUGCAAAGAUGCUAGUCUCUCCUGUAGCUGAGAGGAACAAGGAGAGUAUUCUGGAGGUGCUGGCUGAUUAUGUAGAUGAUACUUGCUCAACUUUUGGGCUGGAACUAGGUUCGGGAACAGGACAACAUGUGGUGCACUUUGCCCAGGCCCUGCCCACUGUCAUCUGGCAACCAUCAGAGAUCAGUCCAGCUUCACAAGAAAGUAUCUCAGCUUACAUCCGUGCCACCAAGGUGACCAAUGUCCGAGAGCCCCUCUUCAUAGAUGUGUCACAGCCAUGGAACCAGUGGGCUGGCUUAGGUCAAAGCUGUUGUGACUUCAUUGUCAUUAUCAACGUGUUACACAUGACUGAUCAAGGCCUAGAGGGAAUGUUUAAAGGCGUAGGACAAUUGCUGAAACCUGGAGGCAUUUUCUUAGCCUAUGGUCCUUUUGCAAUUAAUGGGAUCAUCUUCCCGGAGUGCAACGUGAAACUAGAUGAAAUGCUCCAAGCCAGGAAUCCUGAAUGGGGGCUGCGAGAUGUGGAAGAGCUCCGUCAAUUGGCAAACGUCAAUGCACUCCGGCUUGAGCGCAUGGUAAGAACUGCAGAAAACUCUAUGGCCUCAGCCUGCUGUUUCCCUCUUCUGUCUUCCAUUUUGAAUAUAUCUACCUAUCCUCUUCAAUUCUGUGUCUUUUUCUCCCACAGCUGGAGAUGCCUGAAUACACAAAAUGCCUGAUCUUUCGGAAGAGGGAGUGAUGAUCUCUGACUAUAGCCCGGGUACUGUUUUCACAAGAACAAAAUAAACAUUAAAUUCUGAAAUAACAA